CAACACCCCUCGUUCCUCUUUUCCUCAAGUGUCACUUUAUUGCAUAUACUUCACACAAAAGAAACAACCAUUCACUUCAUAGCUUGUCAUUUCUUCUCUCUUUCUCUCUCAAUCUCAAGUCUGCAACUACUCCUCACGAAUUGAUCAUCAAAUCCCAUCUGAAGAAAACCCCAGAAAAUCUGUCUCUCUUUUCUUGUCUCUCUCCCGGAAAUUUUGCAUCCAAUCUCAGCUUUUGUCUCAAACAAGGCCUUUUCUAAUCUUUCUGCAACACUAAAAGAGUGGGAGCUAAAGUAGAAAGGGGAAAAACAAGAAAGGGAGAUAGAAACUUUUUCCGGGACGGGCGGGGAUUGUAUGUUAUGGAGUUAUUUUCAGCACAACCAGACCUAUCUCUACAAAUCAGCCUCCCAAAUAGCAAAUCUUCAUCAGGUUGGAGAAGAAGAGAGGAUGAAAUGGAUUUGGGGUUCUGGAAGAGAGCUCUAGAUUCUAGAAACUCAAUCUCUUCAAUGGCAAACCCCGACAACAGUUUCGAGCUUUCUUUAUCGAACCAAAGGGUUGCGGAACCGGACUGUACCCAUCUUCACCUUCUUCAGAACAAUACAAACAAUUUCAUCCACCAGUUUCCACAGCAAAACCUUCGUCCUCAGCCCUUCCACCAUCAAGGGCUAAGCCCGGAACUCAGUUUCUUGAGGCCCAUAAGAGGAAUUCCAGUUUACCAAAACCCUCCGACCUUCCCAUUUGCUCAUCAGCAAAAUUUAGAUGCAUCUGUACCUUCUUCCACUCGUAAUAGUAAUGCUGCAAGCAGCCAUUUUCAGCCUCAAAGCCUAAUGAGGUCAAGGUUCCCGGCUAAAAGGAGCAUGAGGGCUCCCCGGAUGAGGUGGACUACUACCCUUCAUUCCCGUUUUGUUCAUGCUGUUGAGCUCUUGGGUGGCCAUGAAAGAGCAACACCCAAGUCAGUUCUGGAGCUCAUGGACGUUAAAGAUCUAACCUUGGCACAUGUUAAGUCCCAUUUACAGCAGAUGUAUAGAACAGUGAAGUCAACUGACAGAGCAUCAGCUACCUCGGGACGAUCGGACAUGUUCGAAAACGGGUCAUCCGGGGAUACUUCGGAAGAUUUACUGUUGGAGAUUCAGAGGAAGUCUGAAUUUUCACUUCAGCAAAAUAGGAAUCAAGAUAAGGACAGUCAUAACCUGUGGAGCAACUCCUCAAGGUAAAAUCGUAAUAUAAUCAGAAAUG